AUGCCCGCCCCAUACCCUCUCCAAGAUAUGCCACCUGGCAAGUUUUCGAACAUGUUCGAUUACCAGGCCAUCAAUAUGGCAGCUGCCCAUAACGUCUUUAUCCAAGGCAUCAAUGCUGCUGUUGCGCAUGCCCCACAUAUCACACCUGAGAAGGUGCAACCUUUCAUGGUGUUUUGUCUAACAGUGCUGGAUACCAUUCAUCACCAUCAUAACGUGGAAGAGACAUUUUAUUUCCCAACUCUUGAAAAAAAGCUCGGUGCCGGCUCACUAUCAUCGAACGUGGAUGAGCACGCGUCGUUUGUUCCUCAACUUGACGCGACUGCGCAGUGGUGCAGGGACGUCCAGGCCGGCAAGGAGCAGUACGACGCAAAUGUUUUCCUCGAGAAGAUCAACUCGUUUGGGGACCUUAUGUACGAGCACUUGGUUCACGAACUGCCGACACUGGAGAGCAGUAAAAUCAAAGCUGCUUUCACAGAGCAGGAACUCAAAGCGAUCGACAAAGACUUCCAGAAGAUUGUCUUUGCUGACAUUGACUUCCACACCACUCUUCCCAUGACCAUCGUGUGCAUGAACCCUGCUACCCCUUGGUUCCCUCCUCUCCCAGCACCCGCCCGAUGGGCAGCUCGGUGGUGGUUCUCAAGGAAACACAGUGCUGCAUGGCAAUUUGGCCCAUUAGAUUUCUCCGGAAAUGUGCGCAAGCAACCUGGUGCAUGA